AGAGAGAGAUAGAUCACUCCUUUCACAUUUUGGUCUCAGUCCAAACCCCUUUUUAAAUGCCGAGUCCAUUGCACCCCUACCCUUUUACAAAAAAGACUUGAAAGAAACCCUCUCUAUACUAGCUCUUUAUCCCUUCUCCACCACUUCUUCUCUCCCCAUUUCUGUAUGGACGAAGGAGGAACGGGAGCAAGACGACUCUCCUUUGAUCAUACUGUUGAUGCUGCAAUUAGUGUCUUCAACCCCAAGCCAUCCCUUUUCGGUGUCGGUCCUUUCAGAAGUUCUUGUAAACCUGAUCCUGCAGCCAGGAAACAGGCAGCUUUCGAUAUGGAACAAGAUGAUCAACAUGUUGAAUCGUCUGAUGGGAUGAAACGAGUAGUCAACGAGAUGGACUUUUUCGGCUCCGGUGGUAGAUCUUCUUCGAAAGAAGAACCAAAGGCUGAUGUGAAGAUGGAGAGUGAACGUCAGGGAUUGGUGCAGGAGAAUGAUGAACCAGCAGCAGCUGAUGUAAAUACUGGUUUGAAUCUCUUGACAACUAAUAUUGUAAGUGAGAAAUCAGUUCCUGGUGACAGAACAUCGCAGAAUCUCAAAGAUAAAGAAAGAGUAAAUCAGUUAGCAGAUGUCCGAGCUGAAUUGGAACGAAUAAACGAAGAGAAUCAACGUUUGAAAGUUACUCUUAAUCAGGUGAACAGCAACUAUUAUGCUUUACAGAUGCAUCUUGUUUCACUGAUGCAACGACAACAAAAUCGAAGAGAUGAAAGUUCAGAAGCUUCUGAGAUGAAUAGAACCACAGAAGAGAAAAGGCAUGGAGAAGUUAUUGUUGCAAGACAAUUUAUAGAUCUGGGUCAAUCUGCAAAGGUUGAAAAAGAUGAGCUUUCAGAAUCUUCUUCAGAUGGUAGAGUCCAGGAGUUUUCAGGAUCGCCAGGGAACACCAUUGUUGAGUCUAUGGAGAGAAGGAAAACGAACAGUAGUAGAAAUUGUGAAACAGUCCCAAUUGAUCCCAUCAGCAGGAAAGAUUUAAUGGACCCUGGACGGAAUCAGAGAGAAGAAACCCCCGAAGGCCGACCUCAUCCAGGAUGGUUACAAAACAAAGUUCCCAAGUUCAAUACCUCAAGGGAUGUUGAACUAGCACAAGAGACCAUGGCCAUGAUUAGAAAAGCUCGUGUCUCAGUUCGAGCUCGAUCUGAAGCUUCAAUGAUUUCUGAUGGAUGUCAAUGGAGAAAAUAUGGGCAGAAGAUGGCAAAAGGAAACCCUUGCCCUCGAGCUUACUACCGUUGCACCAUGGCAACAGGUUGUCCAGUUCGCAAACAAGUGCAAAGGUGUGCAGAUGAUCGAACCAUCCUUAAUACAACUUAUGAAGGCAACCAUAACCAUCCACUCCCUCCAGCUGCCAUGGCAAUGGCAUCAACAACAUCAGCAGCAGCAUCGAUGCUACUUUCCGGAUCAAUGCCCAGCGCAGAUGGGAUGAUGAACUCAUCGACUAUCCUUCCCAAAGGCAUAAUGCUUCCUUGCUCACCGAAUUCGGUCACCCUUUCAGCUUCAGCUCCAUUUCCUACUGUUACAUUGGACCUGACUUACAACCCUAAUCAAAGACCAACGAGCCAGCUUCUUGCCCCUUCCCCAAACAUUCCUCACCUGCUUGGCCACCCCAUUUACAACCAAUCAAAACUUUUGGGUCUUUUCAGCUCUCAAGGAAUCGAACAUCAUCCCCAUUUAGCUCAAAAUCAGAUGCAGCCACCACAUCCCAUGGCUGAUACAGUAAAUGCCGCCACCGCUGCCAUCACUGCCGAUCCCAACUUCACUGCAGCUCUAGUUGCAGCCAUUACUUCCAUCAUCGGCAAUCCUCAUCGAGACAACAGUGGUAAUAACAAUAGCCCAACUUCAAGAAACACAGGAGACAACAAUACUUAAGAAAAAAAGAAAAGAAGAACGUAAGUUUGUAACCUUUUUUUUUACCUUCUCUUUUAGGAAAGUGGUAGAAGGUUUUAUGUUUCUGCAUGUAUCUCGUUUCAUGCAAAGGCCGACAAGAAUUUUUUUUUUUGCAUUAAAUAUAUGUGAUUUAAUAUUUGAAUUACUAAUAUUAAUCAUUAGUCAGCUACAAAAAUAUGAAUUAGCAAUA